UCGUCAGUUCCGUAAAGCGUUGCUCCUGGCUUCAUUAAAAAAAAGGGAAGAAGAUAGAGGAUUAUUUACGAAGAGUCAGGAGACAGGCACAGUGAAAACAAGGCUUUUACUGGCUAUAUUAGUGAAAUAUUCCUAAACAAGAGCGCUGCAUUGUUUGUGUUUUCCUCGGACUGAUAAAAGACACACCAGUCUCCUGUAAGCCGCAUGAACUGGGAUGCACUGCUGUUAGCCUGUUAUUAGCUUGCUGGCUAGCUUCACGAACUGCACUGUUUUUACCCCGGGACCAAGCGUAGUGCAUUAUGACAGACAGCAUUAUGAGUAAAGCUGCCACAAUGGAGAUUCCUAUCAACAGUAAUGGAGACACAGGGACACUUCCAGAAGAUGACAGCCUUGAACAGGCUGCAAAUCUGCAGUGGAGCUUAGAUGAGCAGGUAGGGAGCUCCAGAGGCACCAGGGACCUACAGCAGGUGAUGGUAUCGGGCCCCAACCUCAAUGAGACCAGCAUUGUUUCUGGAGGUUAUGGAGGAACAGCAGAGGGAAUCAUCUCCACCAGCUCAAUCAAAGGCCCUGGUGUGCGCUACAAUGCAGAGUUUAACAAAAGGAUCUCAGUUGAAGGAAUAGGUUCCAACAUGCACCACAGCAGCAGCAGCAGCUCGUCCAUGACUGCAGAGGAAGCGUCCCGCGGUGUGGCUGUGGAGAAAAUAGAAACGGUGAAGAAGUGGGGUCUCAACACUUACAAGUGUACGAAGCAAAUGAUCUCGGAGCGUUUUGGUCGAGGUUCCCGGACUGUGGACCUGGAGCUGGAGGCCCAGAUUGAAGUGCUGAGAGACACUAAAAAGAAAUAUGAGAAUGUGCUGCGAUUGGCCAGAGCGCUGACCAAUCACUUCUACAACAUGGUGCAGACGCAGCAUGCGCUUGGGGACACCUUUGCUGACCUCAGUCAGAAAUCUCCAGAGCUGCGGGAUGAGUUUGGCUACAACGCAGAGACUCAGAAGCUGCUGUGUAAGAACGGGGAGACUCUGCUUGGUGCCGUUAACUUCUUUGUGUCCAGCAUCAACACACUGGUCAACAAGACCAUGGAGGACUCCCUGAUGACGAUCAAGAUGUAUGAAGGUGCCAGACUGGAGUUUGAUGCCUACCGGUCAGACCUGGAGGAACUGAGUCUGGGUCCAAAAGACGCUGUAGCCAUGGCCCGCAUAGAUGCUGCUCAGCAACAGUACCAGGUCCAGAAGGACAAGUAUGAACGCCUCCGCUCGGACGUCAUCAUUAAACUCAAGUUCCUGGAGGAGAAUAAGGUGAAGGUGAUGCAUAAGCAGCUCCUCCUCUUCCAUAAUGCCAUAUCUGCAUACUUUGCUGGCAACCAGCAGCAGCUGGAGCAGACGCUGAAGCAGUUCAACAUAAAGCUGAGGCCUCCAGGGGCCGACAAGCCCUCCUGGUUAGAGGAGCAGUGAGAGGUUCUGCGGGACCUCCUUGCUGCCUCCUCCUCCUCCACCUGUUACCUGUUGAAACCCCCCAACUUACAGAGGACCACUACAGAGGGAAACACAUACUUGGAUGGAUGAAGAUAUGAGAUGAGUGUAUGGCAGGACGAUUGGACUGAUGGAUUGCAGGGUAUUAUUGAUGGGAUAAAUGCACCAGGAAUCCAAGUGGCCAGUUUCAGAAACAGUCAGGGGGCUUUUAGUGCCUCUUCCCAACUUCCUUAUUUCCACUCUAACCUUCUCUUUGUGCCCAAAAGAACUGUUCAUCUCUUCCUUCCCUCUCCCCUAUUCAACACUAUAUUGCUGUGUGAGCUUGUGUUAGUCAUGUUCACGGCCAUUAUUUUACUUCUCAACUGCUACCAGUGCUUGGACUUAAACUUCAACCCAACAACGUAAUGGCUACUGAGACAGAUGACUGAAGGAAAAACAUGAUAAACCAUUCAUACACACUUGGAUGUAACCAGACACUUCAUCAAAACUCUUCCAGACCUUAUCACUCUCAUUGUGUGCCUCCUUAUAUAUGAGCGUGUGUGCUUAAUCAACAUGUGGCCUACAGGAAGAAAGAUAAGUUCAGAAAAAUAUUCAAUCUACACAUGCAGAGGAUUUGAACUGGAAAGGAAUGUGCAGAUAUUUCAAAUCAAUGUACAUUUCAAAUGACGUAUUAUUUCACUUUUGAAAUAAAUAGUACAUGCUUUUGGUAGCUUACCGUAUACAGAGAAAUGCAGUGUUUAGUUUUGCUUAAUUUAACUGUACUCUUUAUUUUGUACUGAUUCUGGUUUUAGUCGGCUUCUAUGUCAUAUGAAGAGCAGUUAACUGUCAGGGCAAUGCGUGCUGAUGCUUUAGAUUGUAAUACUGUACGCAGCCUAACUAUCAGUAAUGCUGCAGAUUUCAAUCUUAACUUUGACUUCAGCUCGUAUAUAUGCAACAAUCAUUUAAGAAAGACUGCCACAGCUUCCCAAAGUUAUACCGGUUGGGGUCUUUACUAAUUGUAUUUUAUUUACCCAAAGAGAAUUUAGAAAUAUGUUUACGGGACCCUAUGUUUUCAUUGUUUUUAGGCAACAUUGGUUGGUAAAGUAUCUCUAUAGGCAGAGGAGGCUUUGACUGACAGUUGAACUAUGAACGAUGGCAGUUAAGAUCCAACAAACUCAAAUGGAUUUACUCCAUUAUUUAAUUGUUAAUAAGGACUGUAUUUAAUAGGAAUUAACUACAUCUUUUGUUCUCACAUUGCAAUGUUUUUUUGUCUUACGUUUUUUUUGUCUUUUUAAAGGACACAAUUGGCAUCGUUGGUCAUAUCUUUCAGCCUCCCUACAUCAGAGUAUAUUUCUCACACUGAAGAUUGCUGUUGCUCUCUAAUAUUACUAAUCCUAAUAUUUCAACAUCAUUUUAGUUGUUUGUAAAAGGGAUAACACUAGUGAUUCAUCAUUUGUCUCUAUUAACUUAAACAUCGUUGUAGAAUGGAAGUAAACAAUCAUCUGUUGUUGACAAUUAGGAGAAGGUUUCACUACAGAAUAUCAGCAUGGUACUAUAUUAUGUGAUGUACUUUUUAUGCGUCACUGUAUUUAUUAUGCUGAUUGUACGUGUUGGAAUUAACAUAUUUGUACACUGACAUUUCUGGUUCAUGCUAAUUACUCAAUUCACGAGUAUGGCGUCUUGCAGAUGAACACUAACGUGAACACAUUCCUCAGGCUAACCAUAUCUGUAAUUGAUUUACUCCAAAAAGAUAUUCUAAACUAUCUGAUUGAAAGGAGUUUAGUUUGCCUUUGUCAAACCUGUGAAGUCAAAUGAAGAUAAUCUGGUAUAAUAAAUGUUUUCACCAUGCUGAAUUGAACUCUUAAUCAGUUGAUUUUUUUUUUUCCUCCAGCAUCUUGUCUCUGUAUUUGCAUGGCAGGCAGUAAUCCAAAGUGCAGGUGCAGAUAUGUGUCGAUGCACCGAUGCUCUCUGGGCCUUCUGCUGGGCAGCUUACAUGGACUGGGAUAACGCCAUGCCAUGCUGGUUGUUGAUUAUGUUGAAACUGGCUGAAUCCAAAAUGUGGAUUUGCACUGUUCAGGACAAUUAUUAACAGGAGGUGUUAAUUUUUCCAUGAAAAGCAGAUAUCAAAAAAUGUCUAGAAUUCUUUGGCUUCUGAAUUUGUAUGUUGCAGUGUGUACGUUUGGUGUAUUUAUCUGGCUGAAAUAAUAGCUCAAUGAGACCUUGGCCUCUCUUACGACUGAAAAUUACAGUUCCACUUGGUCCCCUGGACUGUUUGACCAUCACACAGCAAUACUAACAUGUGACUCCCCUUUGAAAUUCCUAACCCUAACACCAAAAUGAAUGGCAAUAGGAUUUGUUUGUGUUGUUGUAUAGUUGCACCUCCAGUAAAUUCAAACAAGGGUGAGAACUAUUUAAAGUCACUCUUACUAGCAGUCUUUAGAUGCAGAGAGAACCAAGAUUUAUAAAAUGAGAUAUUUUAUUUGUGUACAAUCAAUAUUUUCUAGGCUGAGCUGGUGUAUUGUACUGUAUGAAUGAUUGCAGAUAAUGGUAUUUAAGAUGAUAAAUGAAGUUGUUGAUGUGAUACUCUGCCUUCAUUCCUCUCUCAGACCUGAACAAUCCCACCCUACCCCGAGGGAAAAAAAUAAAAGUACACAUUUUCAAA